CAUUUUAUGUGUUAUGCAUUCAUAUUCGCUAUCAAAUUUACCAGUGUGUGUGUGUGUGUUCUCUGGUAAGGAGGUCUGCAAAUCACCGUGUAGAAACGGAAGCAAGUGGCAAGUACCACAUACCAAAUCGACGAGGAGGAGGAAGAGCAUGAAGGAGGAAUAGAAGAGGACGUGGUUGCUCGCACAUGUGAAAAGAGGAUUGGGCUAAUGGUUAAGGGAGCCUCUGACUUGAAAGACGGAGACCAGUCGGGCUCAACCGAGAAUCAAAGAAGUUUUUCCCCUUGGUCGAAUUGCCAUUCACAUUCGCCGUCGGAACCUGUCAUUCAAAAUGUCCAUUUGCAAUUUGAAAUACCUGGGCUCCGACUAUUCUCUCUCGAUCCUGUUCCUGAACGCGGGUGAAGUCUGAAACACCUGAUCUGAAGGUCCUGGAAACCUGCUAUACAGUACACAUCGAAACGUACUGAGGAGCACCCAGAGCGCACUUUAAAAAUCUGGUGGUCCAAGCCAUUGGUCCAAAGUGUUCCACUGUUAGUGUGUGAUUAGGACGUGGUGUUCUGUGAUCGAUACAUGAUAAAUGAGAGGUCCCAGAUCGGCGGCUUUCCAACGGUGACCAUGAGGAAGGCUGGUACCAUCCUGUUAUUUGAGAGCAAGAAGAGAUGAAGAAGUACUGAAGUGACGGAGCAUCGGGUUAUUGACAUUUGGAAUUCGCCAACCUUCACCUUCUUAAAGUUCAUCAAGGCCCAGUGCAUUCAAGAUGUUCCAAAGGCAAACACGUUUGAAAGCAGUUUGGAUCUCGGUAUUUCUGUCCCGUUUGAUAAUUUUUGGAAACACCGAGGAGCAUUCAGAUGCGUUACAAUGCUCGAAUGGAAAAGGAUUCUCCGGGAUUUCAAUUGGAAUCCCUUCUGCAUUGGAAUGGAAACCUCAGGCCCCGAUUCGAUUCUGUGUCCUAUGCAAGUCUUCAAACUCAGCAGAAAGUGAAGACUUCACUCAAGAGCUGUGCUCCAACUUUGGCGAUUCCGAUCGAACGUUGGUUCAAAAAUUCGAUUGUGGCUUGGGCCGUGAAUUUCUCCAUGGUUUCACGAAGACGAACGACUCUUUGAAUCUGAUGCUGGCUUGCUCUAAAGUUAGCGAGGCCAACGUCACAUUGUUAACCUAUGAGUCUGGAUUUCCUGUCGGACAGCAGAGGAACCGAUUAGCUCGAACCAAUUGGGAACAGAUGCCCUUGGAUGUGACUUGCAGGAAUAAGAAUGAGAUCAUUUGUGGACUCGAUAUUUCCAAAUCAGAGUCAAGCGUGUUUCCGAUUGUGAAUCCCCAUUGUUGCGAUGUAUCAUUGUCGAAUUCGGUGACUUUCGUCCCCUCUGACUCGUCUAUGGGUCCAUCUACCGCAGCUCAAGUUUGGACUGCCAUUCUAGCGUUGUUGGUGAUUAUUUUGGCCAUCAUCGUCAUCGUUCUCGUCAUUCAACUCUGCUGCUAUCCCAUUUGUCCCAAAGAGUGCUUUGGGAACAACCCUGACGACUAUCUCCCACAAAGUUAUCCCAGGCAUUCUUUGGUCAUUGGUUCCAAUAAAACCCCUUCAGCCACAACAAACGGCGAAACCCGGGCGCAAUUUGCCCGAUCAACCACUACCAUAAUCUCCAAUAAUGGGAAUGGAUCAUCAAUUCCAGCCAAGAACGCAAUUCGUCCCUCGACUUCAUCAGUGCGACCCAAAAGUAACGUGGGUCCCAUCAGUUAACUGGACAGCCCAGUCUUCUCUUAAAAGAGAUACUAUUUGUGCUCAUAAUUAAUCAGCUGGAUCUUCGAAUAUACUUGCAAUAAAACGACAGAACAUCCUGCAAUGUUUCAGUUGAGCAAUUUAGUUAUUCGCGGAUUUGUAAACUUGAUAGCUGCAUCAUGGUCAUCCACUUCACAAUUCAAGGUCUUAAUUGAAGCAAGAGAUGAAUAGCAGGCACGAUAUGUAGAUUUUAUUCGUAAUUUAUCGCUUUGAAGUGUUAAAAACUAACGAGGUCACUUGAAUUUUUGAAUAAACGUUGGUCAAAUUGCUUUAUAGUUGACCUAAUCAUUGCUGACUGAAGACUAACAUUUAGUAUCUGCCCAUUAUUUACACUUGAUGAGGAUCUGAGUGAAACAAAAAAGAGAUUGACCCAGACAUCCAUGAGGAGCCCGGAAGAGAAACUUACUCUACUGGGUUUUCAAUGUCAACAAAUGCGUCAAUUGGCAACCACGCGAAAAGAGCUUCUUGGACAACCCCUUUAAAUAGGGCCUGGAUGCAAAAAUGAGGCAUCAAUGUGAAACGAGUGUUGCUUCGCUCAAGAGCUCAACACAAGCGACCUAAGAAACGCUUCAAAAUGAAGAGAAUACUCCUUGGCGUGAUUGGCUCCUUAUUGGCACUUUUAUCUCUCUCAAAGGCUCAGGACAUGGCGGUUUAUGAGUGUGUGGAGAAGGUGGUGAUGAGCGAAGAAAUCGUGUUUGACGAGGAAGUGAAUUGUCGACAUAUCUACCAUGAAGAGUGUAUGAACAGCUAUGUGACCAAAUUCAAAAGCCAUCAGCGAAAUGAAUGUAGCGAUCAGUACAAAAAGAAAUGUAUGAUAGUCUACGAUCCAGUGCCUAUCAAAAUUCCUUACCAGUUCUGUCCUAAAAAGGAUUUCUGCCGUAAUCUCACCCGUCUGACUGUGAAAGAGGUUCCCAGGGAGAUGUGUUCCAUGUCUCUUGGUAAAAAGUGUGAGGAGAAGCCAAUGCUCUUGCCCACCAUUGAAGCUGAGGAGAAGUGUCUCGAGGUGCCCAAAGAGGUGUGUGCCAUCGUUCAAUCCAACCCUCGGCCUGUGCAAAAACCAGUCAUCAAAACUUGGUGUCCCAGUCUCGAUUCCAAUGAUAUUCGGGAUUGUGGAGACGUCCUCACUGUUGUGGGAAGUGUUAUGUAUCAAACUGGAAUCCACGAAUUCCCAAUUGGACCCCCCGAAAGCAAUCGAACCAUUCGCAUGGAUUGUGACGAAGAUGGAUGGUCCGUGAUUCAGUCCAGGGGGCAGUUUGGAAAUCGUGAAAAUUAUUUUGCGCGACCUUGGUUGGCAUUUGUCAAUGGAUUCGGAGUUCCAGGCAUGGAAUUUUGGCUUGGACUGGAAAACAUGCAUUUAAUCACCAAUUCAAAGAACUAUUCUCUGAAGAUCACUUUGGAGGAUACCGAUGGAAUCGUGGACCAUGCCAUCUAUACCGAAUUCAAGAUUUCUGAAAAGGACCGAUAUGCCCUCUACGUUAAUGGAUACACUGGAGGAUUGGGUGGCGAUUCGUUUUCGUACCAUUCUGGAUUCUCAUUCAGCGCCGUGGAUCGAGAUACCGAUGCUUGGCCGGAGGGAAAUUGUGCCCUACGAUUCAGGGGAGCUUGGUGGCACGGUGCUUGUCAUCAUGGGAACCUGAAUUCGUUUAACAAGAACACUAACGACACCGGCAGCUUCGCUGAUUCCAUUGUUUGGAGGGAUUUCCGAGGCUACCGGCACAGUUUGAGAUCGGCCAAGAUGGCCAUUAAGGUCUUGAAUUAGAAUCGAUUGUUGUAUGCAGCAAUAUUUGCUUCAUUUAAUAUUUAUCGAAGUUUUGCCAUGCAAUGAAUAAAGGAGACUCAAUCGCUCUUAGA